AGCACACAUGCUUUAAGUCUGAUGCAAUCCUUUGUCUGUUCAGUAGAGUACGCACAUCCACUUGGCCAGCUAGCUCUGACUCGUCUCCCCAUCCCGAUCAGAUUGUGAUACAGGAAUCUACCUUUGGAUGUACUACCCGGUCAUCCCUAUCAGACUAGCUGCACUGCUCCAGGAUCCAGGUUCACAACUUAGCAUAACCAAAGGAGAAUUGAAUAAAAGCUAGCAACUGGAACAAAGGUUUUAAAAUGCCGUUCAAAAAUGGCUUGGAAUUAACUGAAUUGCAGAAUAUGAAUACACCAGAGGAUGACAAUAUUAGCAAUGAUUCCAAUGAGCUCAGUGAAGCAGACAACCACCGUAUCAGCAGUAAAUUUAUUGCGGAUCGUGAAAGCAGAAGAAGUCUUACUAACAGUCACCUGGAAAAGAAGAAAUCCUGUGAUGAUUAUAGUCCGGGCACAACAUCCAUUGGAAUGUCUGUCUUUAACUUGAGUAAUGCUAUCAUGGGGAGCGGGAUUCUUGGCUUGGCUUUUGCUUUGGCAAAUACAGGAAUAGUCCUGUUUGUGCUGCUCCUAACUUCGGUGACUUUGUUGUCUAUCUACUCUAUUAAUCUGCUACUGAAAUGUUCCCAAGAAACAGGUUGUAUGGUUUAUGAGAAGUUGGGGGAGCAAGUAUUUGGGACGCCAGGAAGAUUGCUGGUCUUUGGAUCAACAACACUUCAGAACUCUGGAGCAAUGCUAAGCUAUCUUUUCAUAGUAAAAAAUGAGUUACCAAAUGUUAUUAAAUUCCUGAUUGGAAUGGAAGAUACAACGCCUUGGUAUCUUGAUGGACGGUUUCUUCUAGGUGUUGUAACUGUUGGAAUUAUACUUCCUCUGUGUCUUCUCAAAAAUUUAGGCUACCUUGGCUACACUAGUGGGUUCUCCUUGACCUGUAUGUUUUUUUUCCUUGUGGUGGUUGUCUACAACAAAUUUAUAAUUCCAUGUCCCUAUUUAAGUGCCAACGAAACCUUACACAGUCCUCCUAAUGCAACAGUAGAAGAACAGUGUACACCAAAGUAUUUCACAUUUAAUUCUAAGACCGCUUAUGCACUGCCAACACUUGCAUUUGCAUUCGUGUGUCAUCCGUCAGUCCUACCUAUAUACAGCGAGCUCAGAGACCGCACACAGAAGAAAAUGCAGCUGGUAUCACAUAUUUCAUUCUUCUCUAUGUUUCUUAUGUAUUUUCUUACUGCCAUAUUUGGUUAUCUGACUUUUUAUGAUAAAGUGGAAUCCGAACUUCUCGGGACAUACAGUAAUAAAAAGAGCAUUCUCCUAUUGACUGUACGUCUGGCUGUUAUAAUUGCAGUUAUACUUACUGUUCCAGUGCUAUUUUUUACUGUUCGAUCCUCAUUGUUUGAACUGGCUCGGAAGACAAAAUAUAAAUUCUGGGAGCAUUUACUAGUGACAGUAAUCCUUCUAAUUGUAAUUGACAUGCUGGUUAUCUUCAUACCAACAAUGAAAGACAUUUUUGGAGCCAUAGGUGCAACAUCUGCUAAUAUGCUGAUAUUUAUUCUUCCCUCAAUAUUAUACUUGAAAAUUACUAGCGGUAAUGAUGCUUUGUCAAAGGAAAGAUUUUGGGCAUCUGCUUUCUUUCUACUUGGGUUGUUAUUCUCUAUGGUGAGCAUUCCUCUUGUGAUAUAUGACUGGGUGCAUUCAGGAAAUCCAUAAGAUGAAAGCCGAAUUUUGUCUACAAGGUGUCCUCUUACCACCACCUCCACCACCACAUUGUUUUAAGGGCACAAAUAGGCAAUAGUUUGGAGGACAAAUCUUACUAUACCUCAUUGGAUUUCUCUACUCCAUGUCUUACAGUAUCGCAAUGAUGUUACUCAGUGAAAUAUUAUACUUUGUAAGAUAGCAAUUUUCCUUUCUAGCUUAUCCUGUAGGUUUUUUUUCCAGCUAUCACUUCACUGAUCAGGUUUCUGUUUCAGAAAAUUAAAUUUUCAUUGUUUUCAAAAUGUAUUGUUAAAAAAUGUAAUGUACAUGAAAAAACAAACAUUGCUAUAUCAAACACAUACUGUUGAUAUUGUUCAGUUGUACUGCCUACAGCAAAUUUAUUGAUAACUCGCAUCAACUUUGGGACUAGCUCCAGGGUUAUUGGAUUGACACUGUUUAUAGAAACCUAUAGUGUAAAUUCGCCUGGAUUUAUUUUUCUUAUAGAAAUUAGCAUGUAAAUGGUCAUUAUGUAAAGCAGUUUGGUUCAACCUUACUUUUGCUGUUAUUGAGUAAUGUGCUACAGGUUCUGUAAUGUCAUAAUCUAAUAAUGUAACAUAAAAAAAAUUCAUAGUAAAAAAGAAAAAAAAGAAAGAGUAAUGUGCUACAGGUCCUGUAAUGUCAUAAUCUAAUAAUGUAACAUAAAAAAAUGUCACAGUAAAAA